UGUGAAAGCCAAUAUUUUUAGAUAUGACUGAACAUGGGCUUGCACUUACUCUUACUGAAAUACCUUCUACAGCUCCAGUUAUCAACGGGAAUCCCAUGUAUCAGCUGGAAAGUUAUCAUUUGAACACCACUAACGGAACACAGUAUACAACUAAUUAUUCACAAAUAAUGACUCAUCCCAAGAGAUAUACCACAUGGAAUUAUUGUCCUCAAUACUUGAUACAACAAAUUGUGUUCAUGCAAGUUAACCCUGGAGAGAUCCUCACCAUCAAGUCUGAUGAUGGGAACAUUCAGAAUAUUCAAGGACCAGCUGAUGUACCUCUGAUGUCAACAAGUGGUAUUUUGCCACCAAUAUAUCUUCCUCCUGGUUACACAUCUCAGGUGGUGGAAGAAAAUGGGAUUCACAAAAUUGUCAUUGUACCUCAGGCAAUUGACUAUAACAUUGCCAUACCUGCUCCUAUACCACAAAUAUCACACUUCAUCACACCAGCCAUUACUAUGUAUCCACAAGCCCCUCAGUUGAUAUAUCUCUCAGCUCAAGGAGAAUUUCCACCACCUUACAUCCAAGAGCCUGUGCCACAGCAGCUGCCACCACCACCACCACCACCACCAUUUAUAUACCACGAGCAGAAUGAAACCUAUUCCCAUGGAAGAACAAAUUAUAACCAACUUGAUGAAAGGGCUGCAAAAAUGGGAGAACAUAUGAAGAAAAAUAUGAGAGAACUCCAAUUUGGUGAACAUAGGAAUAAUAGCUAUAUGCUUAACAACACCUCUUUGCUUGUGAGCAAAACUAAUGAUUUUUCCAGAAUUCCUAUUACUCCAAGCACUUACACUGUGGACUAUGCUCCAAGCACCUACACUGUUGACAAUACUUCAAGCAUUUACACUGUGAGCAAUGCUCCCAGCAUCUACACUAUUGACAAUACUUUGACUACCUACACUAUGGACAAUGCUCCACUCACUUACAUUGUUGACAGUACUUCAAGCAUCUACACUGUGGACAAUACUUUGAGUACUUACACUGUGGAAAAUGAUCCAUGCACCUACACUGUGAACAGUGCUCUGAGAAGCUACACUGUUGACAAUACUUUGAGCACUUACACUGUGGACAGUGUUCAGAAUACCUACACCAUAAACAAUACUCCAAGUACCUAUACUGUGAAUAAUAAUCUGAACAUUCACGCUGCUGACCAUAUUCACAGUACUUACACUGUUGAUAACCCUCUAAGCACUUAUAUCACUGACAAUACUCCCAGCAAUUCUACUGACCAUGCUCCUAGUAUUUCCACUACAGAUGCUGCUCUGCAUCUUUCUACUAAUGAUAGCAUCUCCAUCCCUUCCAGCAUGAAUUAUGCCCACAAGACUUCCACCUUUGACAAUACACCCAGAUCAUCACCUAUUAUCAGUACUCCAAGCUCUUCCAUUUCAGACAGUGUUCCCAACACUCCCAUCUUUGAAAAUGUUCUCAAUAUAUCUGCAAUUGAUGGUGCUCUCAGUACUUCCAAUGCAGCCAGCACAUCCAACACUGCCAAUGCUCAUGUUGACAUUAGUCAUGGAAAAAAACAGAGUGCUAUGAGAAGCAAAGAUAUCAAGCAGAAACCAGGUGGAAAACAAAGCAAGAGCCCAUCAUCAAAGGCAGCAGAAAGAGAAUGCAGAACAGAACAUGGAAAGUCAUGCUGUUUUAGCAUUGAGAAACCUGUAGUUUCUGAUAUUCAAACAAGAUCUGCUAUUAUUUCAUGGAAACCACAUAGUUCUGAGAAAUGUAAUCAUGCUAAAUCUCCUGUAACAUUUGAAUUGGCAGUAUCUAACAGCAGUAAAAAUGGAAAAUAUAAAAAUGUGUAUAUUGGUGAUGGAGUUACAUUUACUCUACUUGAGCUACAACCAUCCAUGGCCUAUUUUGUAAGAAUUACAACCAUAAGAGGCUCAGCACACAAAACUGUGUCUGAAGUGGUUAGCUUCACAACUCCAGGUUGCGAACCAGACCCUCCUCUUGCACCCACACUGAUUAACCGAUCCAAGAGCAGCCUGAAUUUACAGUGGAAAGGUUCCAAUGAUAAUGGUUCCAAAAUAAACAGCUUCCUUUUGGAAUGGGAUGAGGGCAAAGGUGAAGACUUCAAAAUUUGCUAUAUGGGAACAAUGAAACAGCACAAGAUCCUUAAACUGAAUGCUUCUACAAAAUAUUCAUUCAGAUUAGCUGCCAAAAAUAACUUUGGUUUGAGUGAUUUCAGUGAUCUAGCAGUCUUCCAUACAUCAGGAAAUAUGCCUCCAACACCUUUACCCCCUAAGCUAAAAGAAGCAGGAAUCUGUAAUUUGUCACUAGAAUGGUGUGCCCCAACUAACACAAACCUAAAUGACAGCCUUACUUAUAUACUAGAAAUGGAGGAAGCAGGAUCUGGGUUGGGUUUUAAACCUAAAUACAAUGGACAAGACCUCUCAUGCACUAUAAGAAAUCUUCAGAGAAGUACUGCAUACAAGUUUAGGAUCAUUGCCUGCAAUAUGGAGGGAAGGAGUAACCCCAGUGGAGAAGUAAAAUAUACUACCUGUCCAGAUAAGCCUGGAUCCCCUACAAAACCAUAUAUAAAGGGAAAGAUCCAUGCACAUAGAGUAAAAAUUGGAUGGGAACCACCCAAAGAUGAUGGUGGGACAUACAUUUUAAGUUACAGUUUAGAAGUUAGUGAAAACUCAAAUGUGAAUUUCUGGAACAUAAUCUACAAUGGAAUCACAAGGGAAUUUCUGUAUGAUCACCUGCAACCUGGUACUACAUAUAAACUGAGAGUCUUUUGCACUUCCUCUAUAGGUCAAAGCCAGCCUUCAGACAUACUGACUAUUCAAACACCUACUCUUUCUCCCGCAUCUUGCUGUCCUCCACCAUUGAAUGGUAAAGCAAAGUCCAAACAAAUCAACAUCCAGUGUGACAAUCCUCCUAUUAAUGGAAACUCUGAAGCAGUUGCAUAUGCCAAAAAGGCAAAAGAGAACCAAGAUGAAACACAAGAGCUCUCUGGCUCCAAAUUGAGACCCACAUUCGGAUCUCAUUCAACAAAGUAUGAAACUAUGCCAGGCCCAAGCCCUCCUUCUCAGUGUGGUACACCUGUGCUUGCCUGCAGAGGUUCAACCUGUGUUGUUGUUAGUUGGGGAAUUCCUGUAUGCAAUGGUGCUGAAAUCACUAAUUAUAGACUAGAGUGGGGACAAAUUGAAGAAUCGAUGCACUUGAUUUACACUGGCCCUUGUCUGAACUAUGAAGUUAAAGGUCUCAUUCCAGCAACUACGUAUUUUUGCAGAGUUCAGGCUGUAAAUAUAGUUGGAGUUGGAAUGUUUGGAGGAACUGGCACAGUAACCACACCAGCAACUGUGCCAGCAAUAGUACCAAAGUUACAUGAAGUUAAAAACAAAGUUUCUGCCAAAUUGGCAUCAUCUUGCAUUGCUAUUCAGUGGGAGGAACCAGAUUGCCAUGGCUCUCCAAUCACUGGAUAUAACAUUCACUAUGGAGACAGAAAAAUGUUGACUGUUGGUAGAGUAACAGAGUGUCUUCUGAAAAAUCUACAGCCUGACACCACAUACAAAAUCAGAAUUCAAGCUAUCAAUUAUUAUGGACUAAGCCCUUUUAGCCAAUCAAUAAGAACCAAAACCAAGCCACUACCACCUGAGCCUCCACAUCUUUACUGUGUGGUCUAUGGACACCAGAGCCUCAAAUUGAAGUGGGGUAACUCUUCAAGCAAAGGGUUACUUUCCAACCUUAUAAGCUACAAUUUGUUAAUGGGAGAUCAAUCUGGCAGAUUUUCUAUCAUUUACCAUGGAUCUAGUCAGACUCACAAAGUGCAAAGAUUGAGUGAAUAUACUCAAUACAAAUUUAAAAUCCAGGCAUGUAAUGAAGCUGGUGAGGGACCACUGUCUGGUAUCUAUACUUUCACUACAACCAAAACUCCACCAGCCACACUUAAAGCACCUAAAUUACAUCAGGUGAAUAGCAAUAUUUGUGAGGUCAAAUGGGAGUCUUUGGAGCCAAUAAAAGGAGAUCCCAUUGUUUACAGCCUUCAACUCAUCAAUGAAAAAGGAACUCUCCUGAUUUACAAAGGACCAGACACUUCAUUCUCCUUUUCCAACUUUCUCACAAAUUCACAUUAUCGCUUCAAGGUCUGCGCCGGACGCCAAUAUCAGAAUUCUGCUGGGUUACAACAGCUCUGGGGACCGUAUAGCCCCAGUGCUCUCUUCUCAACUCAUAAGCAACAGCUAGGGACUGGCAAAGGCGGUGAAGGAAAGGGGGCAAGCUGCCCUAGUGAAGAUAAAGAUGAAAAGCCCAGGAUAGAGAUGAGCAAUGAUAUGUGUAUUCUACUCCUUAUGAUAAGAUUUGCACUAGUUACCAUUCUGUGUGCUGUUGCAGUUCAACACUUCCUAAUCAACUAAUGUAUUUUUAUGCAUUUUUAUCUUCUUAGGAAGUUCUAAAACAAAUUACAUCAUAUAUAGAAAUUGAUAAAUACAUCUCUGUUCUUACUUAGAUGUAAAUCUCAUUUGGUAGAAAUUCUUACAUUUACCUGACAGCAAAAGAACUACUUUACAUUCAAGAAAUUCAUUGUGACAGACAAGAUAUCUUUAGAAAACAGGUCUAUUUUAAAUUUGAGAAUUUUAGCAACAAAACACUUUCACUAUUAUGUAAAAAUAUCUAAAACCUCUCAGGAAAACUAUUCCCUACCUUAAUUUUCAAAUGAAUAUUUUUUUUAACUUUUUAGAAGUAUGAGAGGAUAACAAUAUUUUGGGAUUUUAUUUAGAGCAAAGUGGGAAAAAUCAAUUCUACAUGUCAACUUACAUUCAUAUGAAAUAAUAAAAAAGUAUCUACCAACCUUCUGUACUGUAAUUUUUUUCAAAGAAAUAUAUUCGGGUGUUUGGCUUGUGCCCUGGUUACUUUGGUAGUGGGGAGUAGAAGUAAGGAUGUGAGAGUCAUUUUAUAUCAUUCUAAACUCUUUAAAUGAUACCCAGUGUUGGUUACCCUCUAACCAGAAUGAUUAAACAUUACACAUGUGAUGAUUCACUUUUAUAUAGCAUAUUAAAAUGAUUUCUUCCCAAAAGUGAUGGCUUCACAUCCAUUUCUAGC